AUGAGUUCUCUAGUGAAGCUUGCUAGCUCAUUCAGUGGCCCAGACCUUUUCGUCGCCGUCUCUUUUGUCAAGAGAUCCAGUCUUCCUCUCCCUCCUGGGCCUCCAAAGACAUUCUACUUUGGGAAUGCGCACCAGAUUCCUUCCAAGUUCAAGUACUUGAAGUUCAUGGAGUGGUCAAAGCAGUAUGGUGACGUUAUGCACUUGACCGUGUUCGGUGCCCCGGUCAUCGUCCUCAACAGCGUUGAAGCGGUCACCGAUCUUUUGGAAAAGAAAUCCGCCAUCUACUCUUCUCGCCCUCGCUCACAUAUGGCAGACAUCAUGGGUUACUCCUCCUCCACACUACUUGCACCUUAUGGAGAGCCUCUCCGCCGCUCUCGCAAGCUCAUGUCUGCUGCCCUCAACUCUCGUGUCUCUAAAACUUACCACCCCAUCCAAGAGCGUGUCGCUCAAGACUUCGCCUACUUGCUUCUUGAGAACCCCCAGCAGCUGAAAGACAACAUCAAGCGGGCGACCGGGAGUGCAAUCCUCGAAAUCUCUUAUGGCUACAAGCUGACUGGAAAGGACGAUCCACAUCUCCCGCUGGUAGAGCAGGCCACACACAAUUUCGGUCUGGCCGUUUCCGGUGGCUUCUGGAUUGAUUAUCUCCCAUUCCUGCGUUUUGUUCCUCUUCCUCUGUGGUGGCCGUCCACAAGGAAGUACAUCCAAGAUGGUCGCUCUCUCUCCGUCAGAAUCCGUGAAGAGCUCCAUCAGUAUGUCAAGCGUCAAAUGGCUGCGGGCACUGCAUCGGCAUCAUUCACUUCCAUGCUUCUCCAAGCCAAGGGAACUGUCACGGGAGAGGACGACGAAGAGGAAAUGAUCAAGCGUACUUCCUCCAUCUUGUACGGAGCCGGAAGUGAUUCAUCUUGCGCCCUCCUUGAGGCUUUCUUCCUGGCAAUGAUCCUCCACCCUGAAGUCCAAAAGAAGGCUCAAGCAGAACUCGAUGCUGUUAUUGGCAAUGAACGAUUCCCCACCAUGCAAGACAGAAGCCAGCUUCCGUACAUGGACGCGAUCAUCAAGGAGACCAUAAGAUGGGCUGCUGUUGUUCCGCUUGCUGUCCCCCAUGCGCUCAUUGAAGAGGAUGAAUAUCGCGGUAUGCGCAUCCCUAAGGGAUCCACUGUGAUUGGAAACGUUUGGUCCAUCUUCCACAACCCCUCCGUAUACGAGAAGCCAUUCGAAUACAUUCCAGAGCGUUUCUUAGCCCCGAAUCCUCCCCUCGAUCCGUUCUCUCUAGCCUUCGGAUUUGGUCGCAGGCAAUGCCCCGGUAUGGACGUCGCGUCCGCCACUGCAUUCCUUUCCAUGUCCACUACUCUCCACUCGUUUGAUAUCCUUUUCGCGAAGGACGCUAAUGGGAACGAUAUCAAGCCUAAAGUUGAAUGGUCUCACGGACUCAUUGCGCACGCCGCCGAGCAUCCCGCAAACAUCGUUCCUCGUAGUGCUAAGGCAGUCGAGCUGAUCCGCACUACUCACUGGGGCGCUGAUGAAUAAGAAGACGCUCAGAGUUCUUGCUGGAACGGUGCCACCUGCAUGUCCAUAACUAUUACUCAACAUAUCAAAACGCACCAAACCCUGUAAAUGUAUACGUGCUCGGUAUUAAUGUCAUUUUGUAGCGAAUACCAAC